GGACAGCGAAGUACCCAGCAGCUGGGACGGCGGGGACUCGGAGCCUCCGCGCGCGUCAAGGCCUGAAACCAGCAACCCCGGAACCCAAGGAGCUGAAGAAUCUCUUCCCAGUUGAACCAGAGAGGGCUCUGGAGGAAAUUUUUCCACAGUUUAUCAGGCCCUAAGGAGGGAUUCCGGGCCACGGAUUUACUGCCCAGCCCACUUCUUUUGGAAGAAAGGAAGAAGCCAGGGAAGCUAGAGAUUUUCUCACAGAGGAUGACUCUUAACACUCAGCAGGAAGCAAAGACCACUCUACGACGUCGAGCCAGCACGCCACUACCCCUGUCGUCCAGGGGCCACCAGCCUGGACGCCUGUGCACAGCACCUCCUGCUCAAUCCCAGCAUCCCCGACUGGGUCAGUCAGCCUCCCUCAACCCUCCCAUCCGGAAACCCUCCCCUGCCCAGGAUGGGUGGUCCUCUGAAUCCAGCGACUCUGAAGGCUCUUGGGGGGCACUCUACCGGGUGGUGCUUCUCGGAGACCCCGGUGUUGGGAAGACUAGCCUGGCCAGCCUCUUCGCGGAGAAACAAGAACGAGACCUUCAUGAGCAGCUGGGAGGUGUGUACGAGAGAACGCUGUCGGUGGAUGGAGAGGACACCACACUGGUGGUCAUGGACACCUGGGAGGCUGAGAAACUGGAUGAAAGCUGGAGCCAGGAGUCAUGCCUGCAGGCUGGCAGUGCCUACAUCAUCGUGUACUCCAUCGCAGAUCGCAGCAGCUUUGAGAGUGCCUCGGAGCUCCGAAUCCAGCUGAGGCGCACGCAUCAAGCUGACCACGUGCCCAUCAUCCUGGUGGGCAACAAGGCCGACCUGGCCCGCUGUCGGGAAGUCUCUGUAGAAGAGGGCCGCGCCUGCGCAGUGGUGUUCGACUGCAAGUUCAUCGAGACUUCAGCCACUCUGCAGCACAAUGUGACAGAGCUCUUCGAAGGCGUGGUGCGCCAACUGCGCCUGCGCCGCCAGGACAAUGCGGUCCAGGAGACACCUUCACCUCGACGACGGGCAAGCUUGGGCCAGCGGGCCCGCCGCUUCCUGGCACGCCUGACAGCACGCAGCGCACGACGCCGGGCACUCAAGGCCCGCUCCAAGUCCUGCCACAACCUGGCUGUGCUCUAAGGCCAGCGCCUCUCUGGGGGUGAUGGGACACUGAGGAUAAAAGGUGCGUCGUUGGAGGUCGACCUUGCCUGUUGCAGAAUGGCCAGAGCAUUGCCGGUAGCCAGGGCUUUGGGGACCCUUCCUGCCUGGCAAAAUGAUGACUAGACAGACUAUGGGGCUAUAAACCCAAGCUAGGCACAAGAUUUUUUGUUUUCUUUUUUUUUUUUUUUUAUAGGGUGGGUGUCUUUUUGUAAAAAAUAUUUGUUGUCCUUGGGCUGUGACCAACUCUCAGAAUGUACCACAAUAAGCCAGUCUGGGAUGUCCUGUCUGAUGUGUGGAUGUCUCUCAGUGGGCUCUUCUAGGCAUCUCCUUCCCAAACAUCUAACUUGACUGUAGACUGCUUUGGUCUGCUGGCCUAGAUGUGUUGGACAAUCAAUAAAGUCAGUAA